ACCGAAAUAAGUAUAAAAGACAAUCGCACUUUUAAAAUAAAUAACAAUUAACAAUUGUCUAAAAAACCAUCAACAUCAAAUAAAACAAAAUGUUCAAAUUCAUCGCUGUCUGCUUCUUCGCUUUGUUGGCUGUUGUUGCCGCUAAACCCGGUUUGGUAGCUCCUUUGGCUUACUCUGCUCCCUUGACUUAUGCCGCCGCUCCCGCUGUUGUUGGUCAUGCUUCUUAUGUAGCUCCUUAUGCCUCCACCUAUAAUGCUCACCAUGUUGCUCACUCUGCUGCUUUCUCUGCCGCUUAUGCUGCUGCUCCCGUUGUAGCUGCUCAUUACGCUGCUGCUCCCGUUGUAAGUGCUGCUUAUGCUGCUCCUCUUGCCACUCCCUUCGCCGCCCCCGUUUUGUUGAAGAAGUAGAUUCAGAGAAUUGAAUUUGAAUAAAGUGAAAACAAAAAUGUGAUAAAACGAUAAA